AAAGCUGCUGACGUUGGGAGCGACGGCCAUCUUUGAUGAGGGCACAGCUCCCGUUUCAUUGAAGAAGGAGACUCGGAGAGGUCAGGAGCGGCUCUUCUCCUCCUCCUUCCCCGGUUGCCGAGCCAGGCUUAGCGAGGAAGCACCGCUUCUGGAGCCCAGGCUUACAGGCAAGACAAAGAAAACCUCUUGAUCGAAGAGCCGGGGCAUCACAUUCACCGCCAAAAUGGCAGAAGAUGCUGAUAUGCGCAAUGAAUUGGAAGAAAUGCAGCAGCGUGCUGAUCAGAUGACUGAUGAGUCACUUGAAAGCACUCGUCGUAUGCUGCAACUUGUUGAAGAGAGCAAAGAUGCUGGUAUCAGGACUUUGGUUAUGUUGGAUGAGCAAGGAGAACAACUCGAUCGUGUUGAAGAAGGCAUGAACCAUAUCAACCAAGACAUGAAGGAGGCCGAGAAAAAUUUAAAAGAUUUAGGGCAAUGCUGUGGCCUUUUCAUAUGUCCUUGUAACAAGCUUAAAUCAAGUGAUGCUUAUAAAAAAGCCUGGGGCAAUAAUCAAGAUGGAGUUGUAGCCAGCCAGCCGGCACGUGUUGUGGAUGAACGAGAACAGAUGGCCAUCAGCGGUGGAUUUAUCCGCAGGGUAACAAAUGAUGCCCGAGAAGGUGAGAUGGAUGAAAACCUGGAACAGGUCAGCGGCAUAAUUGGAAAUCUCCGUCACAUGGCCUUGGAUAUGGGCAAUGAGAUUGACACACAGAACCGCCAAAUUGACAGGAUCAUGGAGAAGGCUGUUUCCAACAAAACCAGGAUUGAUGAGGCCAAUCAACGUGCAACAAAGAUGCUGGGCAGCGGUUAAAUGCAGCAAAGUGGAGAUUCUUCUUAGCACUGUCCCUGUGGGCAGUCCUUUCAUGCUUUUCUCAUGGUAUUUACCAACUAGGUUUGCACACAUGCACAUAUCAAUCCUGUUUGGGGCCCCCGUUGUAAAUGUUGUCCUGUGUAAGUUGUCAGCUUUCCAAAAAUGAUACUUGUAAAUUUAUUUUUAUUUUCCAAAUCUAUUUCUUUCCAAAUGUUGUAUAUAGUACUAAUUUGCUGGCUAUAGCUCAUAACAAUGUUCAAUUCAUUUGUUGUUGGUUUUUCCCCUCUUUAUCCUGUCACUUUCUCUAUCCUUCCUUCCUUCCCUCCCCUCACCCGUUCUUUCUGUCUGUCUGUCUGUUUUGGUUGGUGAGUUUGUUUUUUUAAACCUUUACAAUGUUUAUUGCUGAAUGACAAAAAUGUAGGAAUGCUCAACGUGCUGUUAAACUUCUAACUAUACAGUAUUGUUCUUGUAAAACUGUUAACAUUCCACAGAGCUACUCCCAGAAGUCUUUUCUUCCGGUGUCAUAUUGUUUAAGCACUUAAGGAUUUGGUGUUCUCUCAGUUCUCCAUCGCUGUCAUCUGUUGUUAUGAGUUCAUGAUUAAACAAUGUGGAAUUAUAUAACUUAUAACAAGCAUUGCACUAAAACAAAAACAAAAAAAACAAGUGAUGUGAUUUAUGCAUUUAUUGCAUGAGAAAUAGACUUUUAGACUCCUUAACUUAAGUGAGACUUUUCCAUGGCAGUAGCAACAUCAGCGACGGCAAAAGAAAACUAAACAAAAAAAUGCGCAUGUUCGGUAUUGGAACACUGUCAGGACUAUUUUAUACCAGCAGGUUUGCAGUAGUGCCACUUUAUUUCUUCUUGUCAAUUUUAUAUAUAUAUAUAUAUAUAUAUAUAUAUAUAUAUAUAUAUAUAUAGUUAUGAGACAUGUUCAUUUCUUUCCUUUUCUCUUCUUUUCCCCCUUCAAACUUUAAUUACAAAAUAAAAUCAAUUGAUUAAGCACUUAUCAUUUAAGCAUCGCCAGCAAAUUAAACAUUUGGCUGAAACUAUGUCAAGGUUAUUUUAAAAAAGUAAAAGCGAGCAUCAACAACUAAGAAAUAAGUGUAAUAUAUAGAGUUUGUCUGCUGCUUUCAAAGACUGUCUUUUUGGGGGGGAGAGAAUGGCUACUACCCAAUGAAGUGUUGCAGAGAAAUGUAAUUUUUAUAAGGCUCUCUCUCUUUCUCUUUCUAGCUUUCUCUCUCUUUCUCUCUCUCUUUCCUCUCUCCCACCCUCUCCCCCAAUGUGGUUUGUUAUUGGUACAGUUCUCUGUUGCUUACCUAGAGCUAUGCACACCAAAAUCACUGCGAUGUUUAGUAGCUGUUAUUAAAUAAAAUAAAAUAAAAUAAAAAUAACCUACAUGAAUGAAAUCUAGAUUUAAAACAACAACAACAACUGUGAAAUUAAAUAUAGUUGCCGCAUGUAAUAUGAAAUUCCUUCUGUCUCCUGUCAGUUUGUGACGUGAUUGACAUUUUGUAGCUAGUUUAAAAAUAUUAAAAAUUAUAGACCUCA